AAAUGAGUUGAUAUGGAAAGUUUCUCAUUUGUUUUGGCUUUAAUGACUGCCAUUAUGUGAUCAACAAUUUAACCACAAGCUUUUAAUAGUACAAGUCUAAAGAUAAAAUGUCGUUUUCUUCUAUUUGAUUUCUCUUCUACCGUUAGUACAAGACACAUCACUGCUGGGGAUUAUUCAGGUUUCCCAACGUCUAGUUCAUGUGUGAUCAGACAAGUGAUUUUUAAAAGUUGCUACCAAAAACAUUCUCCUGACCAUUGUUACAGAUUGAAGGCAGACACCAACACAGGAGGUUUGUGCUCAGCAACAGCAGAUACAGCAAGAAUGUAUUACCAGUGAGGUCAAUGAGGAGCCAGACAACCUAACUCAAGUUGUAAGACUUGGAGAGCAUGAUGAUUAUUGAGUUCCAGAUGGCCUAAAUCGAGUCAUAGCAGUCGGCGAGCACAUGGAAUACAAGAUACCACCACAAGUUGACCAACUGUUACCAUCCUUUGGAGUCUCUCCAAUAUGCACAAAGAAGAAAACAUUUGCUGUCAGCCUUUUCUGAAAACAGUCGAAUUAAAACUGUGUCUCGCAGCUCACGCUCAGCUCACUCAUUUGUGGUAAAAUAACAGACAGCGUGAGUGAAAUGAUCUGCCACAUGAGAGCACACAUCGCAGAGAAGAAAUUUGCCUUUCCCAACAGAUACAAACCGAAAGGUCGUGUGAAAGAACAUCCGAGGACUCGCACGGGGAAAAGGCCUUACAACUGCUACAUCUGUGGGGAAAAACUUCAGCAGGUCUUGAACCAUGAGAGAACACGCCGUUCAAGUGCACGCACUUAAACAGCACAUGAAGACGGUGCUUCUCUGUAUACUGAUACUGCUGAUGUAGCAACGCUGACUACUGUUAAAGUUCAGAGGUUAUGCUGGCUUUUAAUGAAAUUUACAACUCCAAUCUUAAAACGGUUGGGGUGCUAUUGUUUAUAUUUGUGUUUAAUGAAGUUGCAGCUGACGUCUGGCUUCAUCAGACUAGCACUUACAAUCCACUGAUACAAUAUGACAUCUCAUAAUGUUCAGAUGCUCCUGGUGAGUCGCUGUAAUUACAAUCUGCUUUAAGUCUAACAAGUCACAUGCUCCAAAGAAAUACACAGAAACAAUUUGUGUACCAGCGGAUAGUUUAACAGCUGCUGUUUUAACUACAAAUGCAAAUUAAAUGCACGUCAAGUGCUCAUUAUUCUACGAAAUGAGUUAUUUGGACUGUGAUCUUUAACGUAGUUAUCGACAGUAUCCUACCUUUAAGCCAUGCGACUUUGUUCAAAUUACAUUGCAGUAUACUGUAUAUUGCCUGUGAUGUAUUGUUUUAAAAUGCCAAUGAAGUUACAACACUCUUAAGUAUUGUGUUUUGCACUGUGUGUAUGUGCGCAAUUUAUGUUCAGAGGUGGCGACAGAGCACACAUGCUGAAUGUAGUCAGAUGUUAUUAAGUUCAGCAUCUCUAAAGGGAACAUAUCAGAGUCUGUUUCCAGGUGUUAGAGAGUGCUACUGCUUAGACAAUAUUCCUUUAGUGUCUCCAGAGGGAGCUGUGUGAAAUCUGAUGAAUGUCCUCAAUUCACUUGAGUCAGUGUGAGUUGAGGCUGAAGCCUACAAGUAAAAAAAAUCAAAAAAUACCUGGAGGUGUGUGAAAUACGUGAGUUCAUCAGACCUCUAUAUCCCCCUCCUCAUCUCUGAGGUUACAUGAGCUGCUACAAGCAGAUCACUGCUGAAUAUCCAACAUCUUUGUAUACAGCCUUAUCAUUGACUGUAUACAAAGAUGGACAUUGCCACUCCACUUCUCCCCGCUGUACAAAAAUGAAGCCAAAAUAUCCUGAAUAAAGCCACUGUCAUCUUGCACUUGUGACGUCAUCUGGGGCCAGAGUCUGUGCAGUAGUGACUGUAGGUCGGAGAUGCAAUAUUGAGGUCACACCGACGCAGCUGACAGCUCAGUCAUGAGCAGAGCUCAGCUGUCAAUCUUGAUGGGACACCCCCUUUUUAUAGCAUCAAGUAACUCAAACCACUUAUCAGAAAAACAAACUUAAACAUUCAUUAGAAGAUAAGAACUCCUUAGAAUGCCAGAAACCAUCUUUGGGAAAAAUCUAUUUGACGUGUACUUUGAUUUUUUUAGUUUGGCCCAUGUCCCAUCCACUGCAGCCAGCCACCAGGGAGUGAUUGAGAUGUUUUGGCUUCACUUUUGGGAAGUUGUCAUGUCGUCCAACAUAAGUUCAAUAAAGUUAGAGGAGUCAAAUUGGUGGAGACAAAGAUUUGAACUCAACUAGACAUUUUACAGCAGAAGAUUUGUCAGUCAAUGCUAAGGCAACACUUACUGUAUGUCAAAUAUCAUAUCUGUUUUUUAAUUUCUUAUUACCUAUUAGCUGACAUACAGCAAGUGUAUAUACUGAUAUGUGUGAUAGGACAGGCUACAAUCUGUUCUGUUGAUAUGCUAAUGUACGAGCACUGCGCCACUGCAUUAUGGCUUCUUUGUAGUAACUGCUUUAACCUGUAAGACAGGUGCUUCACAAAUAGUUUGACUGAGUGAUCCAACAUGCUUACUCUAUGUUUGAUACAGAAGGCUUUGACUAAAGGUGUGUUCAUAACGAACAUGAAAAGACAGCAUGACUGUAUUCAAAGUCAGUGAGUUGUUGGAACAAACUGGCUCUAGGCGGCCCAAAUGUAGGUGCUUUGAACAUGCUUGGCUGUUUGAACACGCAUCUUUUGAAUUUAUUCUUUAAAUGUUAUGUUUUGGUAUAACACAUUCACAAAAAAAUUGUUCCUAGUUUGAGGCUCUUCUAUCAUGACUAGUUUGUCUCUUCAUGAAGUUGAUGUGGCUCUGAGGCGACUGAUCAAAACUAUCUCAAAAGAUGCCAAACAGCCAGCUACACCUACAUCUGUGGAGGAGAUUCCCCAAGAACACCAGAACUGGAGUCCGAGUGUGUGCCAGGAGGAGCCAGGACCCUCCGAGAUUAAGGAGGAGCAAGGGGAGCCGAAGGAGGAACUGUGGAUCAACGGGAGUGGGGAGCAACCAUCAGCAGAGGACAGCGAUGAUGGGGACGCGUUGACGAAAGAACUCAUCAAAACAGUGCAGCAGUUAGAAGACUGUAGAGCAGCAGAGGAGAGUAGGGAGCAGAAGCAAACCCCUGAAGACGAGCCAGAGAACUCUGAAGAGAAGACGAGCACCACCUUAUACCGCUGCCACAUAUGCAACUACAUAUUCACUAAAAAAACUGUGCUCACAUGGCACCUCAAGACGCAUGAAAGCAAGUCACACGAGAGCAAGGGGAACUUUGACUGUCACAUAUGUGGCAAACACAUCCCCUGUCAGAGCAACCUGCAGAACCACAUGAGGGUCCACACAGGAGAGAGACCCUACAGCUGCCCCUUCUGUGGGAAGUGUUUCAAACUGAAAGGGCACAUGACAGAACAUAUUAGGACCCACACGGGAGAGAAGCCCUUCAGCUGUCACAUCUGUGACAAAUCUUUCAACAGAGGUUCAACUCUGAGGAAGCACGUUUUAGCCAAACACAAAGAGGAGAGACCGUACAAGUGUGCAGAUUGUGACGAGUUAUUCACUGAGAGGCUGCUGAUGAAGAGGCACAUGCGGAAAGUUCAUGGUGUCAAACUGUCCACAAGUCAGAGUCCUGCCUAGAACUUCAGAACAGAUGUUAUUAAAACCUGGGGGCAGAUUAGUGAUAGGUUUCUUUUGAAAUGUUUCAAUUCGAGCGUCAGUAAGUUUUAUUUCCAGAUAAAUCCCAGAAUGAAGCCAAACGUUUCAAAUAAUAAAUGUUAUUUAAGAUAAACAGCCACGCAAGAACUUAAACUUAACUUAAAAAACAAUGAAGAUGAACUUAACUUGAAAUACAGUCAACAUUAUUAUUAAAAAGAAAUAAAUUGACAUUGUGGAAAAUCUCAUUAAUUGUGUUCUUGCAGAGAGUUAGCUGAGACUGGAGCCGGAGACAGGAGAUAAUUAGCUUAGCUUAGCUUAGCUUAGCUUAGCUUAGCUUAGCUUAGCUUAGCUUAGCUUAGCAUAAAGAGUGAGAGCAGGGGGGAACAUCUAGGCUGGUCCUGUUUACGGUUUAAAAAUAUACCUACAUAAAUUCUAGAUUUAAAAAAUGGUUGAUUGCCCUCUGCCUACAAUAUCUAAAACCAGCUUCUGAGGUGCUGGUCUGUGUGUUGUUGAACUUUAGUGGGUCAUUUUGCAGUUAACCCUUGCUCCCAGUCGUUAUGCUAAGCUAGGCUAACUGGUUUCUUGGUUCGAGCUCUGCAUUCAUCACACAGAGAUGAGUGAUAUUUGUAGUCUCAUCAAACACUGGGCAAAAACACACAAGUCCAAUAUGCCAAACUAUUCCUUUCCAUCAGGUACUAUCUGAUGGAAGAGGAUUAUUAGUAUCCACUCUGAAUUUGAUGACCACUUACUCCAGAUGUGCUGGAUAUUAAGUUGUAUAACCAUGUCCUCUGUGGUUAUUUAUUUAUAUCUGUGGUGAACAUUAAUAUGAGCCACCAGAAUUUCACUCUGCAGUAUUAUUCUUUUUAAAAAAUUGUGCACCAUAAUAAUAUACAGUUAACAACUGCGGUACAUCGUCUAUCAACUAUCUAUGUUGCACUGUCAACCUGUUUACAUGUCAUAUGUAUUUUGUUCCUUUGCCAAAGUUCAGUCACAUCACGAACCUGUUUGUAAACCAGCUAUGUGAACGUGGAAAUAAAAAGUUUGAGAACACA